AUGAAAGAGGUCCUAAAGGAGAUAAAACCUAUUCUAAAUCAGAUAUCAAAGGCUUUGACAGAUGCGGAGCGGAAAUGGGCAAAAAAGGAUGACAAUCAUGAGAAAAUGGAGAUCAAGAUAGCAAAAGGAGAGAUGGAAAGAAUGGAAUUGGUGCAGAAUGGGUUGGAGAAGGCUGAGGAGCGGCAAGAUAAUGCCAGAACGGCAUCUGCAACCAAUAGGGAGAAUAAGGCAUGCAGCAGCUGGAAGCAAAAGCUCAAUGGACAUUUAAAAUGUCAAUUAUCAGCAUCCCAACGGUUCUCUGCUGCACAAGCUGCUUACAAUGUGCUUGUGGCGAAACGCAAAGAUUGCCUGGAGAAGCUGGACGAUAUGGAGAAGCAGUAUGACGCAGCAAUAGCAGCAGAGAAACGAGAAAAGGAGAUUGAAGAUGAAAGAAGACAGCAGGAGAGGGCGCGCCAUGCAAAUCUCCCACAGCGUCCAAAAGACGCAGCAAGUCUAUGGAGGGAUCGUUUCUCGGUCCUUGAAAUUUACCGACUUCCCACCAAGGAUGAUCAAGUAGACGUACGCUUACAAUUUGACACCCAACCGGCCCUACAUGACAAUUGUUCCAAGGUCACACACGCUCUCAGUCCACUGUAA